UGAAAUCUUAGUGUCUCUCAUAUCCAGUUUGGCAGGGUCUGUGUCAUGUUUUGUUGCUGUUGCUUUGUGAUAAACAGUUUCUAUACAAACCUCUGAAUCAUCUGUAGAUGACAAUUCAGAUUUACAGUUGUUUUGUUAUCAGGACACUUACAUUCCAGACUAAUAACCCUGGUGACUGAUUAACCCUUUCUAUGGAGAUAGUCUGUAGCGAUGGGCUAGAACUCUAUAACUGUAACAUGUCAAAGAGGAUUUUGCCUGCUCUGCAGGAAUCUGUUAACACACACUCAUGUAAAUGCCAGCUGCAUAUAACCCUGCUCCCACGCUUUUUUUUUUUUCUCCAUUUAGUGUAUCACUGUUUGCCUUCAGACCAGGGCAGCAGCCUUGACUGCUUGGUGGUUUUGUCUUUGUCAUCAGUCUCUCUGGAAAUAUGCUCAUAAUCUGUUACUUUAUAUGAUAUCUCUUCCACUACUGCCAACUCUAGCCCAGCUUUGUUAUUCCCUUCUUGGACACACGAAGAAGCUGUUCCACCUGGCUGUUGAUUCCCUGCUCAGUCCCAGCACAGUGACAUACUUUUUGACUCAGUCCCAGUCAUCCUCCUCCCACUCUGUCUCCUCUUCCAGGCAUGGUCACUAUUUCACUCGCUUGUCCCCAUUCACCCUCGCCUGGUCAUUGCUCCGUCUCAGUUCACUGGUUCUCUCUUGCCUAACACAACUGUUUAGUUCUGUGCCACCAAAUGCUGUCAUCUGAUUGCAGCUCUUCAGAUAUGGUGGCUGCAGUAGCUCCUCACAUCAUGAGUCUCACCGGCGCAGUUCUCUUGUGGCAGCCUCUCCAGUCUUCUGCACACAAUGACUCUUGUUUCUCUGUGUGUUUUUCUUGUCGUUACACUGGUGGAGGAAAGUUCUUUUCCCCCUUUGAAGGUAUCCUGGUGGUGCUGCUGGGAAGUUUGAUGCUUCUGAGAAGAAAUGGCUUGUUGGUAUUUUGCAGGCACCUGGAAAUGGGAAAGGGACCGUUGAAGCUAAGUGAGAAAAGCAGAUCGGAACUGUCUGCUUGUGAAGGCAAACACAAUGGGCAGAACAGCUUCAUCCUGACAUAAAGCAGUCAUGGACAAGAAGGGUUGAGGUUUGUGUUGGGGUUUAGCUACUCUGAAAGGCUGCUAAAAACAAUUCAAUUUUAAAAAUCCAUUAAGUUUGCACAUCAGCUGUACUUGUGGAGGCUAGUUUUGGUCCUAUCAUUCAUGAGAAAAAAAAAGGUGUGGUGGAAUUAAAAAGCUUUGGAGCAAGUUGGUAAGAGUGAUCAGACGUAUCGGAUAUUUUCUGCAUGAGAAGAAAUUCUGUAGAAUAGAAACCUUCAUCCUCAAGAAGAGCUUGCUGUGGAGAGGACAUGAAAGAAACCCAUGAGUCACAAAUAGAUAAAGUAAAUGGAAUUACUAGGUACUGCAUUGAUCUAGGAGACAUCAAGUGAACGUAGCAGGUUGAUUCAACAUUAAAAAGGAGUUUAUUCAUCUGACCAUAUGAGCUGCGGAGUUCCUUGCCACAGGAUUAUAUAGAUGCUGAAAGAUUACAUGGGUUCAAAGCUAAUUGGACAAACUCAUGGAAGACAAAUCUGUUAAGGAUUAAAUACAAAGAUCUUGCAUCUAGUUGAAGCCGCAAACCGGAAUCGGGGAGACUGUUCUGUGGCAGCGUUGCCACAUGCUUGUCCUGUUUUAAACUCUUCCCUAAACAUCUGACAUUAAUCAUUGUUGGAGGCAAAAGUUAGGGGCUACAAUAAUCCUUGGUAUAUUCCCCUACAGCUGUUCCCAUGUUUGCGUGCUGUGGGCUUUUCAGCGUGCAUGAAUUUUGUCCUGUGUCCAUUGCCACCCUCAGUGCUUUCUCUGCAGAGCAAUGGAGAAGUCACAUACCAAAACACGAUGUUGCAAAUGGGUCCCCACUUGGUGCAGUGCCGCAGGUCCCCUUUGUAGCUCUAAUUCUUUACCAUCUGUUGCUCUGUGUUGCUUCUGCAGGGUGUUUUUUUCACAGUCUUGUUUAUGAUUACCUCAUGUUUUUAAUAAAGCUUUUUGAACAGACAUGGGGAUGGUGAAGAGCCUUUGAGGCAGCAUAGAUUUUGUGGAGGGUGAUGGCUGCAGCCAAACUUGCCUAGGGAAAGGUUUAGCUUCCCUGGAGUGAGCUGGUGACAGGCUUCACAGACUAAGUUUCUUUAACUUGCUUGAUUGGGUGAGGGAGAAGUGCAAAGGUAAGGUUUUGUUUGUUUGUUUUUAAUGGAAAUCUUUCAUUUUUAUUACUUAAAAACAUCGGUGGUGCUGAGUUUCAUUGUGAAUUUGGUGUGUUCCAGUAAUGAAGUGAUUUGUCUAGGAUAUGAAGCACUCCAGGAUCUUUGGGAAUGGGAAGACAAUGUAACUAGCAGUACAAAAAGAGUAAAUACUAUAAAUCCGCAAUACUGAUCUUCCUUUCUGGGGUAAGCAGCGUAAUUGCAGCCACCUUUCAGAACAUAUAUGUGAAUGCAUGAGUGUAUAACGGUGUGGUCUGAAGUUGGAAAUAGGUGCAUAACACUAAAGUAAUAAAGUGUUAUUCAUGAACUGCUGACACAGGAUUAUAUUGGCCUCCCAAAUUUAUAAUAGUAUUGGGAGAAAAGUGUAAGACUAUGUGAAAUGUUGUGUGGUGGCAGAAGGGAGGAUCUGUUGCAGUUUAGGUGCCUGCUGAGCCAGAAGUUGCAUUGACAAUAUUAAGUCUGAGAGAUAUUAUGAAUUUUAUCUUUCAAUAGCUUGCUCAGUCCCUUUCUGAACCAAUUUAAGUUUGUGGUCUCCAGACAGAAUUAGAGAAAAGACCAUUUAGUUGUGGCAAUUGCAGAUAAAGCAUUGUAUUUCCUUGCGCUCUGUUCUUUGCAGACAUCUAUAGAGAAAAGAACUAACAAUAUUACAGACAGCAAUGUAACAGUUUUAUAGAGCUGCUUGUAAAACCAGAUUAUAUAGCUGCAUACCAGGAAAUGUCACAAAUGGUGAGCUUUGGCUAACGUGUUCCUCCUUUACAGGACUUAACAUGAUCAUCCUUACAAUGCAAGAUACCUGUGGUGUGUUGGGAGGAUAGAAGAGUUUUUGUAUGGCUUUUAAUUACUGUUUUAGAAAGGAAGGGUCAAGGCAGCUCUUUGCACAAAGAAGCUUUGUCAUCUGCCUCAGCCUGUAGUUAUCAGAGGAGGAAGAGGUGAGGAGAGAAAGAGAUGUAUUGUUCUCUUACAUAGUUUGUGAGAGAAGGUUGGAUUAAAAAUAUCAGGUUAUGUAGACUUUUCAAAGGAUUAGAAUAUUAGUAUGAACUUGGGACAAGGAAAUAAACCAGGACAUAAUUGCCACUCUCAUAUGCCUAAAAAGCAGUGAGCCAGACAUCAGAUUAUAAAAUUGUCAGUUUAAACAACAACAAAAAUCAAUGUUUUUACAAGCAACAAAUCUGAAAAAAAAAUGCAGGAGGGUGAUUAUUCCCAUAUAAUUUUUAACCUUUACAUGUACUUGAGUCUCAUUUUCCACAUUUUUUUUUCCCUUGCAAACAGUAGAGCUAGAUUUUACAUUGGUUUUGAUUGGUGGUUUACACUACCUACAGUUUAAAGAUUCUGUGAUUGCUUAAGUGGCCAUCAGAACAGUGCAGAGAAUUGUUUUCUUACAUGGCUUUACAAUUUUGGAAAAUGGUUCCCAUACAUAUUGAUGGUUUCUUAAAUCUAAUGAGCUCAAAGCAGAAACUACAUCCGGGAAAAUAUCUGUUUUGAUUUCUUCAAUUUUUAAACAAAACAUAAUUACCAAAAAAGAUGAAUCAUCACUUUUGUUGAUAAUGAGGAUGCUAAGUUGAUUCAUCACUUUCACGUAUGAGUCUAAGUGAAAAAUAUUGCACAUAUCGCCUUGGUUCUGUUGUGCAUGCUGAGUAUUUGUAAAUAUUUAAGUUAGUUAACAUCAUCACAACACAGGUCAUUAUGUUGGGAGCUAAGUGCAAGAAAUAAUCGGAGAAACGAUGGAAAGGAAAAUCAGAACAUGAUUUUACAUAGUACUGUAAGGCAAUGCAACUUCUGUGCCGCACCUGUGGUGCAAGUCACUUCUUAAAAACAAGAAUGACAGUGAGAUUUAAGAGGGGGGAAAAACCCCAAGAAGUUGUACUACAUUGUUAUAAAGUACUGAAUGUGCUUUUUGUUGCUGUACGUAUAACUUUGCAACUACCUUGAACAUUCUAAGGUUGGCAUUUCUGUAUGUUUAAUUAAGCAGUUGCUUGUGGAAAAUGACUUCAAAAACUUGACUGAAAAAAUGCUGGAAAUUAUCUGCAUGCAAAUUGCAUGUUCUUUUAAUUCUACUUUCCUGUUACUUAAUUGCCAUAAAUUAAUUUGUAAGCAUUUUGUAAAGCGGUGGUGGAAGUUUUCUAUCAGUCUUGCAUGCUCCAGACACUCUGAACAGUCAAAAAUAAUAAUAUAGACCAUAAUAAUUCAGCUUUGCCACAGUCAUGAUCCUUGUCGUCAUCACACAUCUGAAAAAGAAAGACUACUGGUGCUAUAAUGUGUUGUGUUUUAUUCUAAUAUUUUGAGCAGGGAGGGAUGAUUUGAGACCACUGAAUGCUAAUUUCUUUUGCUUUGUUACCAUGCGUAUUUUAAAUGGAAGAACAGCAAAUGGAUUUAAUUUUUAUGAGAUUUGCAGCCAGUAGAUCUUAAAAAUUCUCCAUCUGCUUGUUAGCUGCACUGUGCUCCAGUUUCAAAAAGAAGAAAGAAGAUGGUAAUGUAGCUCAUGUGUUUUCCUGAACUGGAAUGAACUGGAGUGAAUGAAUGAAAUGUUCUGAAGGAGAUCCCCAAGUCAUAGGAGUAUUGUAGGGUUUAACUGCAAGAAAAGUAUUUUACAGUGUAUUUUUUUUCCUUUGGCGCUAUUGACUUUUUAAAAAUGCACUUCAUUGCACAGGCUCUUUAUCUGGCACAAAGUCAUUGAGCAGAGGUUGCCACUCCUUUUUGCCUUUUUUGGUACAGGUCUCAGCAUAACGCUCCUUAACUUUUUCUGAGGCUUCUUUAGGUGUUGCAGCAAUAAUACACCACAGUGACUAGAAUGGAAACCUAUGGCUGGUGACCCAUCUGUGGUCGCUUCCAAUUACUUUCUUUGCUGACAUUAAAACCAUUAAGUUGUACAAUAUUGCCAGAUUUCUGUGGAGUUUGGUUUAAAAGUGAUGGAACAGGGCUUUUUUUUUCUUUCUGGGGGAAAAUCCCUUAAACUGGUAAGUCAAGAUGCUCCCUUGGGAGGUUCUGGAGUUGCAAAUCACUUCACUGUGGAGGAGUAUUUCAGGGGAAAAGUACUCAUGUGCUUUGCACUUCUGUGCUCCACGUGUCUCAUAUAGGCCACCGUCCCAGGUAGGAUGCUGAGAUCAACGAAUCUCUGGCCUGAUUUGUUCUUGCUGUUUUACUUUGUUUCCUUGAUCUCCACAAUUUUUUUUAGUUGCUGGUUUAUUGUGCUUUUAAGUCCUCGGCUUCUAGAGUCUGGUUAGCAUGUUAUCUUAUGUGGCAUUAUGCCAAUGUUUAUGGGCUUAAAGCAAAAGGAAGUUCUAGUUUGCUGUUUACAUCUAAAAUGCAGAGUGAAUCCAACAGCUUACUUCUGUUUAGUGAAACUGAAACUUUCUACCUGGUGCCUCCAUCUCUCUGGCAGAUGUUAGUCCCCAGUAUGUUCAGUUUCUAAAAAGAAUAAUGCUUUAAUUUUUGCUAGAUAAAACUAGACUAAUUGCAUGUGUAGAAAUAUAAACAAACAAUGCUGGAAAAAGUUAGAAAGGAAUUCUUUUGUUUGGCUUUAUGGGCUUAACUAUGUAGUGUUGUUGCUAGAAGUCUUAAAAACCACACAGGAAAAACUGAGGCAAACUAGUGCAUAAUGAAAUGGAAGCAUAAAACUAAAGUGAAGAAAGUGAUAGGUAAGGAUGUAAAAGAAUUAAGAAAAAGUGAGAAUGAAAUUAAGACUGAAGAAACCAACUUGAGAUUUUAUUUAAAUAAGAUGUGAUUACAAAUCUGUUUUAACGUUAUGAAACUCUGUAGAAUCCAGAAGCCUGAUGGGUUGUAUGACAUUGUUACUGUGGUUAAAAUGUGGUCAGUGCUAUAAGUGUGUGUGUUUGUUUUUAGAAAAGCACCAAGCUGCUCUAGCUUUUGAAAAAGAACACACACAUACACACUCCCAAUCCUAAGCUGCAAUUGGUUAAAAUAAAACCAAAUACCUAGAAAUCUGUUCCUAUAUGUAGCUGGCAAUGAACAUCAUCUCCUUCACUGCAAACAGUAAUAACUUGUGUUUAAUACGUUGAAAGGUGUUGAGUUUUGCAUGCAUAGUCAGAUCGGUGCAAUUUGUCUGCCUCUGUCUGCAUUUAUUGGAACCACAGAUGACGUAAAUCCCAUUGUGUUGCCCCAUAGGUCGACAGACCUUUUUUCCUUCACCUAUUUUCUGUGCUUUUCAUCUGGUAAAAAGUAAUUUCCAGACCAAAGUAUUAUGAGGACUGAGAGGUCAGGUGUUAUAAAACAGCAAUAGAAGUAAAGUGUGUUGACUUUGAAUGUUCUAGAAGCUGCAAUGAACGCUAACCUUCUUCUGUCAUUAUCCUGUUUUUACUCGCUUAUGAAUGUGAUUGUCUCUCUCAUGUGCUGUUGCACUUCCUGCUUCUCCAAAGUCAUGUUUUUAAGUUGCUUCUUCACUUACGAGUCACUCUUUCAUUAUGGAUCUGUCCUAGAUUCUGUUCUCUGACCCUCUAACCGGAUAUUUUAACUGUGCUGAAAAAUGGGGGAGGAGAAAGUAGGCAAACACGUUAGGUUGUCAGGUUCUGCAGCAUUACUGACAUGUCCCAUGAGUGCUCUGUGCUUUAUUAGCAAAUGACCCAACUCUCAAAUGAAUAAAUCAACAUGUUAACGGAGCUACAAGGUGUUGCUCUUCUUCAGUAUCUGAGUCUUGUUUACACUUAUUUAUAAGGAGGAUCACAUAUCUAAUAUAAUCUUCCCUCUUUUGAAUUGACAAACGGUGUUGUAUUUAAGAAAAUAAAAGUAUUCCUCUUGCCUACGUUGUUUUCCUACCUGGCAGGUGUGUAACUAGGUGUAGUUGUGUGCUGCUGUGGUUGCUUUCAUAUGUGUAUAGUUGAAGAUGGUUAGAGGUGCAUUCAUGGCUCAGGAUUCAACUGUGCUUUGAAUAUAGGACUUUACCGUUAAAAUAUAGGGGUGUAUGAGUGUUUUGUUGGUGUGUUUUGUUUUAUUUUGUAUGUUCAAUAAAAACAUAACACGCUGCAAUUGGAGGUCUUAAUUCAAACAGUGCGUACUAAAGUCAGGGAAUGUGUUACUCUGGUUUUGGUCUUGGUGCAGCUAAUUGCAUCCAAUCACUUGAGAUUCCCUAAACCACAAGUGAAAAUAUUCCAGGACUUAACAAAUUGAAAUACUUCAUGUUCCAGAGAGAUGAGGUGGUUUAGGAGAGGGGCAACGGAGCCCAGGCCUCGCUGCCUUUUGUGUUCAGCUACAAACCAUGAGGUCGCGUUGCUUUAUCUUUUAGUUGUAAGAGAUCCCAACUAUUUUUUUUUAAAAUCCCAUUCACAGUCUCGAAGCGUGUAAGAGCAAACGAUCUUAUUGAAUACAUACUUUAACAAUACAAUAUAAAAAUGAACCUCGCUCUGUUUGAGCUAGUAGUCCUGUGCCCUUGCCCAGAGGCUGUCAGCCGGGAAGAGAAGUGGCCCGUGUGACUGCGGCAAGUGUGUCACAUCCUGCCCUCAACUCUGCCCUCCUUGGAGGCUCUGGCAGGCUCCCUGUGGUUUGCUCACUGGCCAGCUGGGAGUGGCUCCAGAAAACCUCUCUAACCUGUGGAUCUGGUUCUCGAACAAACUUUCAGACUUAACAGUAUCUCGGCACUCUUUGCCAAGCCCAAUUAGGAGAGGAGUGAGGGUGCUGGGGCAGGCUUUCAAAGUUUGGUGGAGAGCUCACCUGUAAUUUUUUUGACAAAUUCGUGUGUAUUCAAAGCAUGUUGUAUGCGGAUCACUGCGGGUUUGUCGUUGUGGUUUUUUGUUUGUUUGUUUUUUUCCUUGUCAACCCAGUAAACUCCUUUGUAAACAUGAGGCUACUGAAGAGCUUCCCUCUUCUGUGAAAAUCUUCCCCCUGUCUCAGCUGCAGGAGUCGUGUUCCUGGCUGUGUUUGGAGGGGAAUGGGCAGGUAACUGCUUCGACAUUAGAUGCGUACAUUGUGAAUGCCAGCGCAUCUUUGUUAAGGAAGUAUGAACUGCUUCUUCCAUGGGGAUUUUUAAGGAUAACCUAUCAAGUCAGGGCAUGUCACUGGAAACUUACUUGCCUUGAUAGGAAUUCCCUGUCAUCUGUGUCCUCAGCAGUCCGUGUGUUUCUUACUUAAAUGCCUUCCUGUAACUUAACAAACUCUGAAUUCACUUUAUCUCUGCUACUUAUUUAGGUGCCCUCUUUGAUCUGGAGCCUGACUAUAGAAAGAUGACAUUAGAAAUUAUUACCUCCAUUGUUGUUUCUAUUGCUCUGUGAAAAUUUUCAUUUAUAUGUAGUUGUGUAAAAUGAUCAUUAAUGGUUUAUAGAGAGCUUUUAAAUUAUUCGUUCGUGAAGUAGUACCAUUCUCUACUUUGUCCUGAUCAACAUUUGUGGAGCAUUCUCCAUAUGUGAAUGUGUCCUUGGUGUAUCCUACAGAGAGACAAAAGAAGACAUUUAAGAAUUGUAUUUUUCAUAUCUCCCUAGACUUUUUUUACCUUAAGAUGCAGUUACUCAGAAAAUGGCAUUUUGAACAUCAAAAAAUAUAUCAAGAAAACAUCAAACACGUCUUCUUUCUCAUUAUUUUUUUUUUAAUUUUUGGGGCAUUAAAGCACAUUUUUUUUUUCCCCACUGUUACAGUAUCAGAGCUAAUACUGUUUUAAUUUGAAAGACAUAAGCAGGGUUCUGGUUGGAAGAACUUUUGAAAGGAUUUUCUGUGAUGCUAAACAGGGACAACUGAAAGGGUCUAAUUGCUUCCUGUACAAGUUUUAUUGUCUCUUUGGUUAACAGAUAGUUUAUUUCUAUAGUCGUAAUAGUAGCUUGCAGUGUUUAAUAGUCAAGGUGAAAAAUAAUCAGUGCAGCUUUCACACAUAACCCAGGCUCCUGAUGUUGGAAGGACUGGCCAGGGACAUGGAUCAUCUCCUAGAUGCGUGUGUUGCAUGUCUCAUUAGAGAACCUGUAACUAGCCAAAAAUGUUGUCACCUUUUAGCUGAUGGGUGAAGGGUGGUGGAACACUGGAUUAGCUAUUAACUGAUGCGCCUGUUCAGGUUUGCACUGAAAUAGUGGAAGCAGCUCCAGUGGGCUGUCCAGGUAGGGAGCAUGUUUGCCUUACCGUCUCCUGUGUAUCCCUCUAACCGCGUGCUAAGCUGAGGGUGAGUGUGCUGAAAGUAAUGAAGGUGAAGCUGGAUCCAUCUUUCUGUCGUUGUGGCUGGAAGGUGUUGCUGGAGCCUUGCGCCGUCAGGACGCUGCGGGUGCAGGUGGCAGGUGACUGGGGAGAGCCCACUCAGCAGCUGUCUGUGAGCUGGUUUUGAUCCUGCAUCUGCAGGUAUCAAAUGUCUCCAUCAGUCACUGAAGAGGAGGAUAGGACAUCAGGAAGAGAGGCGGAAAAGGGACUAGACUUUGAAGAGAAAGAGGGGGAGUCCCAGACAGAGGAAACAUGGAGAAGGGAGAUAACAGCCAUAUGACAACUCCGACAGACAUUUCUGAGUAUUCAUCCGAUAACGACAGCGUGGGAGAAGGAAAGACAGGCCCAGCGACCACCGCUCCGGGAUCCAGUGAGAGAUUGGGGCCAAGGCUGGGAGUGGACACUGGGGAUGCUGCAGCACGACCGGCCAGCGAGUGGCUGAGGUCUGCGCAGGCCCUGCUCCGCACCCCCGGGAAGCAGGGGGGCAGGGCCCCCCGAGCCCCCACCGAGUCCGCCAAGAAGAGGAAGCUGCUGAGGGGUGGCCUGGCUGAGAGAUUAUGUCGACUGCAGAACAGAGAAAGAUCUGCCAUUAGCUUUUGGAGGCAUCAGUGUACUUCAGAUGCUAAAAUCCCCUCAGAUAAAUCUGGUGUUCUAAUUGUGAAGAUCUUAGAAAUGUUUGAAGAGUGUACAAUGCAAGUUGCCAUCUGCCAGCAGCUGGAACAGUCUCCUGCUGCCCUUUCAUCCGAGGAUGCUGUCGUCAGUGCAGAAGAACCGAUCCUCAAAGUCCUCUUUGCGAGAGAGACAGCAGCUCACCUGAAGAGCAGGCCACAGGACGUCAUCCAUAUCUACCCUCCAUGGCAAAAACUGCUCCUCAAAAAUGCAGAUGUUCCUGUUAUCAUGAAUACAUAUUUUAGUCAGAAGGUGCUGCUCAGUGAACAUUCAGAAACAAGAGAGAAGACAUAUGGUCUUACAAAGAUGCUUAUUAGGAAGCAUAUUGUAUCUUUGGCACAGACAUUCAGACUAGAUGACCCUGAUGAUGAGUUACACCAGGAAUCUUCAGAUAAUCAGGUCGCUUGUGCUCCACAAAUUCACCACAAGUGUGAUUGGAAACAGCAUUCCUUAGCACAGGGUGCUGUUAAUGAUUCUCUGCUUGAAAUGGUGGAAAGCCAGGGAGCGGUGGGAUGGAGAGAAGCGCAGGUCCGAGUUGUUAUCCAAAGGGUGUACUGUUUGCCUGCAAGAGAAGCUUACAGAAGCCACGUUCAAGGAAACAAGCCUCUUUGUGCAACAUCCAUCAUAAAUUCAGAUCCUCCGAGUGUCAGGUUGUGCCUCCUUGUCCAGGACGCCUAUGGGAUGUUCAGCGAAGUGCAGUUGCAGUCCCUGCGCUCUGCAGAAGACGUUGAGCAGUACUGCAGGAGGUGGGAAGGAAAAUCCUGCUGCUUAGCUGGAAUGAAAAUCUUGCAAAGAACUACAAGAGGAAGGUCAUUAGGACUUUUUAGUCUGAUAGACAGUUUGUGGCCUCCAGCAGUGCCUGUAAAAGUUCCUGGGCAAAGUCAAGACUCUGAAAUGGUGACAACUAAUCUUCCUCCUCCCAGCUUCUGUUAUAUUCUUACUAUUCAGUCUGGUGAAAUACAUGUGGAAGUGGAUGAGGAAGAACAGAUUUCUAAUUUGUACCAGCCACCAGCUGUUUGUGGUCUAAAGGAAAUUCUUCAGAUCGAUGGUUGUAGUGAACGUUGUAGCUUCUGGGCGCAAGUGCUAUAUCUGAGGCAGAAGACUAAACACAGUGUUCCUAUAAAUCAAAGAGAGAUUUGGUUGUUCGUGACUGACUCCACAUUGCAAAAUGUGGCUCAUAUCACUCCAAAAGUUGUCGCUGUGUCAGUCACUGCAUCGUGUGUCCUCAGCACGGAAAUCACGGAAGCCCUUAGCGUUGCCUCGCGACUCGUCUUCUUCAAGGAUGCACUGUGGGGGAAUGGUAGGAUUAUUUGUGUUGAACGUACUGUUCUCUUAUUACAAAAGCGUCUUUUGUGCUCGGCUGCCGGUGCUGACCUCAGUGAGCUGACUGGCCCUGUCAGACUCGAUGAGCUGGAUUCUACAACACAGGCCAACUCCAUCUGUGCUGUAAGAGGUACUGUUGUUGGGGUUAAUGAGAGCACUGCUUUCUCCUGGCCGACAUGCGACAGAUGUGGCAAUGGAAAGUUGGAGCUGUGUCCCCAGAUCAGAGGAUUGCUGUAUUGCAACCAGUGCUCUGAGGUUGUCGUUUCACCAGUUUUGAAAAUGCAGCUGGAAGUCUUCUUGAGUUGUCCCUCCCGAUCUCAAAGUACAGUAAAAGUAAAGCUGUUACAGAGGUCCAUCUCUUCUCUCCUGAUGUCUGCCGCUAAUGAAGAUGGGAGUUAUGAGGUGCAGAGCGUGCUGGGAAAGGAGGUGGAGUUAUUGAACUGCUACGUCCACUCCGUCACCAGCCACCCCAACUGUGUUGCACUGGAGGAAAUCGUUCUUCUGGAAGCGGCAGACGGACACUCGGCUGAACUCUAGUCAGCUACUACAGUAUCUGUGGACUUUGUAAUGUGGUUAUCUGUUAACUAGUGCCACAGAUAAUGUGUCAUGCAAGUGUGAUAAGUAUUAAGAUAGUUUUUGACAACCGUGAUUUACAAAGCACCUUGUGCUAAUGCUGAAAAAAAAAUCUAUUAAAAUCCUAUCAACUUUCUGAACUCUUCUUUUUUGGAUCUGUUCAGAAUUUAAGAAUCCAGUUCUUUGGCAUGUUUGCUGUUCAUGUAUGUAAAACAUCUUGUUCUGGAGUUUUGAAUGGUUGUAAAUUUUUUUACAAUAUUGUAUUUAUUAUGUUUAGAUGGAAAACUGCUGUUUUUGAAAUCAAUACCUCACCAUAGGGAGUGAACAUUGGUCUAAGCUGAGUUUUAUCAGCGAAUUCUAGCUGCACCAGCAGCCGCAAAACACCGCGUUGUGUGCGAAUUCCAAGUUGUAACAUUUGUUAUCACCUUGCAAUAAAUGUUGUAAAGAUGGAGAUUUUAACAAA